AUGGCUAUUAAAGACAGAGUUAAGAGAGUUUCUAAAAUUUUUACUUCCGACUCCAAAGAAUCUUUGAAAAAAGAAGAACAACAAGCUAAAGAUACUAAAGAAAUUGAGCCAUCCACUACAACUGAAGAUGCUGCUGCUGCUGCUGCUGAAGUAAAAGCUUCCACUGAAGGUGAAGCUACCAAAGAUGCUACUGCCACUGCCACUGCCACUGAAGGUGAAGUUGCACCAACUGCCACUGAAACUAAAGCUGAAGCCGAAGCUGAAGCUGAAGCUGAACCAGUAGUGGUAGCUGCAGCUGCAGAAGCCACUCCUAAAGAAGUUGCAACUGAAGAACAACCAAGUCCAUCAGCUGAUAUUACUGAAGAAGUUGCCGAACCAACUGCUGAUAAAAAAGAAGGUGAAACUGAAACUGAAGGUGCUGCUACUGCUACUGAAGCUAAAGAUGCUAAAUCUGAAAUCAAAGAUUCUGCUGAAAAGACUGAAAAGGCUGUUAAAAAGAAUGAAUUCUUUAAGAAGUUUAUUUCUAAAUUCAAAAAGAAUUCUCAUGCUGCUAAGAAUUGA